AUGGUACCUGGUUAUCCCAUCAUUCCUGUAACUGCUUUCGUUUCGUCCGCGCUUCUUCUCUUGGUUCUCAUCAGUAGCGCCGAACGCCGAUCAUGGAACUUUGGGCUCACCGUGCUUUGCGUCUGCGUCUUCGUCGAGAACUUCUGUGGGGCUAUCGAGACCGUCAUGUGGAAGGAUAACGCAGAUGUGAAGCUGUAUACGUUCUGUGACUUCAUUAGCCGUUGGCAGAUGUUCACAGGAGUCGUGAAGCCCGCGUGUACGCUGGUCAUCACGCGCAAGCUUCACAAGGUCGCCUCUAUGGAGGGCUUGAGAUCGACGGACGGACAGAAACGAUUCGACUUGUGGUUCGAUCUGACGAUCCUGUUAUUCAUUCCUGCGAUUAUAGCUGGACCGAUAUAUUACGUCGUGCAAGGAGUCCGCUUCGUAGUCAUCGAGGGCUACGGUUGCACGAACAACCUCGACGGGUCCUUCUUGGCUAUCAUACUGAUUCAGCUAUGCAGGCUGUUCUUCCCUCUGUACUCUAUCUCAGUAUACUGUCCCCGCAUCUUCUGGACAUUCUACAAACACAACAAGAGCGUCAACCGCUUCCUCAACACAAACGGGCACGUCUCCCGCAGCCGCUUCUUCCGCGUCUUGGCCAUCGGGAGCCUCGACAUCUUCAUCACGCUUCCUCAGGGCAUACUCGUCACCGUCGACAUGUGCAUCAGUGUUGCGCUCGGUCCGCGAAAAGAAGGCUCGGGCUCAAGAUGGUAUGGCGGCUGGGAGGGCGUGCAUAGCCGAUGGGAGCCUUACUCGGUUUCCCUGCAAGAGCUAUGGGCAAGCAGGUUCUCGACGUACACCGUCAAUUAUAGCGCGUGGACCAGCAUCGUGCUGGCUUUUGCGUUGUUUGCGCUGUUUGGGCUUACGAAAGCGGCGAGGGCGUCUUAUUGGCGGAUCGUGUGCGCUAUCGCACGGGUGACUGGAUAUGAUCUGGCGCAACGGGUGACGGAACGGCCGAUGCUUUCUUCUAUGGCAUUUGGUCGGCGCACGCAGAGAACGCAGACUGGCGGUAUUGGCACACAGGUCACGGUUAUCGUCGACGUUGCGAGUGCCGUUCGGAGGGACGCAGAGGCUGGGCCUGUCCCGCUACAGCACCCACGAGCCAGCUGGGAUGCGUCAGAGCAUAGUGACGUCUCCACACUUCCAUCAUACAGGACAAGCAUUGACUCUCACAAGACACCAGCUCCUAGCUACGAUGGCCACGAAAACGUCACGGCUUCCUCCGGGUCGUCGACCCCGACGUACCACGCAAAUCCUAUUGAUCCGUCUAGCCAUGUAUGA